AUGCAUCCUGCAGCGGAUCAAAAUUGUAAGAACCGUAAGGAGUCUUCGCGUCGUUCGUUGCGAUGCUGUUCACCAAUUCCUUCUUGGCGAUCCGAUAAGGAAGCUAUCUAUAUAAGCGGUGCAUCAUGGACUCGACCAUCAGCGCCAUAUUCUGUUAUUACAGCACCAAAGAAGGGAAAACAAACGAGAUCAUGCCCUGGAGGAGUUUCCAUUUUCCCGAUUAAAUCAUCUAACAAUAAAAAAUACGAUUCGGUUGAAAGCAAAAGUGCUGGAAUAGCAGCUGAUGUCAGAAAUAUGGAUGCUGAAGUAAAAACAUCUGAAUAUGGUAGCGCUGAUCCGAGUCCAACAGAGAGUUCGCAGAGUGCUCCUUUACCAUUUUUGGAGUCCAAAGCUGACAUUGAACUCAAGGCCGAAAUUCAGAAAUACGAAUUUGAAAUACGUAAACUAAGGAAACGCUUAAAAGAAGAACGACAUUAUUUCAAAGGACAAGUCGUUGCUAUACAGAAAGAAAAAGAUCAUAUGAGGCGCUAUUUGGAGAAGGCUAGUCGAGCUGUUAUGCAUAUGCAACGAGGAAUUGAUCAAGAAAGACGGAAGAAUACAAACUUGAGAAAACAGUUACACGAAUCAGAUAUAAUUAUUAUUAGUCUGCAAAAUCAACUUAGAAAUAAUCAGUAUCGUGAAGUGGAACGUAUGGGCAAUGUUAGUUGUCCGUCAUGUGGUUCAACGAUUGUUGGUGCUGGCGAAGCGCUCUGUGCACUCACACAUUCUAAUGCAAAUCUUUACGACGAUUCAUUUACUUCAAAUAUUAGUGAUGCACCGGAUGAAGUGAAAAGUUUCCGUAGUAAAAGAUGUAGUACACCGCCAGCUGCACCAUCACCAAGAACUUCUUCACCAUCUAUGAAGGUUAAUGUAGCUCCAGAGCAGAUGGCUACAUGUGAAAAAUCAUGCGUGAAAUCACCGUAUAGUCCUUUGAGGCGUUCGUAUUCGGAUAGCGAAUUACCAUCGAUGGUUUCAACAACUGAACUUGAAAACGGUUCACAGGAAUGUCUACUACAAUUAACCCAUUUACCUACUCGUGGAGAAUUACUUUCUGAAAGCUUGGAUGGUACUAGUUUUUCGUCAGAUGAAGAAAUGACAACUAUCGAAUUGCUCGAGAAACAAUUAAGACGUCGUGGUGAUAAUGUUCGCUUUGUACCUCCGCGAAGAGCUGUACGGCAGGCAACUUUCCGACGUUUUGGUCGUAAAGAAAUAAGUGCCCUGGCAGAAUUUGACUAUUUACAGAAUUUAAGUACUGAUGCCAGUGGAAUCGCAACUAGUUCUGAUUAUUCAUCUCCAGAAGGACGUCUGGGAUUAGGUAAAGAAGGAAAAAUAUCCGAAGGUCGGACAUUAUGUAAAUUAAAGGUUUCUUCAUGA